GCAUAAUAUAAAAAGCGAAUUAUGUGAGAAGCAUUCUAAAGCGCGAAACACGGGACACGAUGGUACAUUUUGGGGCGUCGUUCCAUGUAGACGAUCACGACCCAAAGGUGAAUGUAAACAGACGGUAAGGGCAAAUAUGUAAUUACCGCCUGGACAGUCCGCCAACAUCAUCAUCAUGGACCAAUUGAUUUGAUAUGCGUUCCUUGCCAAAAGCGAAAUAUUUGAGAUUGCAGGAAAAAUAAAUUUUUUCCCUUCUCUCUGGUUUUCCUUGAUCUUACAAGCAACUCGUCAACCUCAAAGACCGCCAAUUCGCUGUUAUAGAAACUAUUCUCGCGUUUUUCGUUAGGGUUUCAUUUUACGAAUGGAAUCUGGGAACUUUUAGAUGAAGAUCUUACUGGGGAAAAAGGGCACUCUCUAGUUCCUGUCUAGUCUAGUGUUAAAACAUUGAGUUAGUGGAGUCAAGUUGCGAGGUUAAUGGAGUCUGAACGAAUUAGGUCCAGUGUGAUUGCUAGAUUAGUCGGUUUUGAUGAACUACAACAACCUCAGCAGAAUCUUGCAAAGAAACAGCGGUUCCUGUCUGAUAAUUACCAGCCUAAAGUUGCUAUGAUUGGUACCUGGGGCAAGAAGUAUAUAUCGAAGCAGGAUCAAGAGAAACAAAUAAAGGGUUUUGUCUCGAUGGGGAACGAAGAGUCUAGUUCAGGUUUUCUUGUGUCUCCUACAAAGGAAAUGUGUCGUGCUUAUCUCCAAAAACCCACGUUAUUCGCCUCCACACAUGUGAUUGAUGCACAAGCUACCCCUCCUCACAAGCGGGAAAAGAGUACAAAACUGACUGGCUCAUCCAUACGCCGGGAAAUGGUAGGCCGCCUAAAUUUUGGGAUGAGAGCUGGUCAGCAAAGCUUGGAGUCAAAUCUGAAACCUAAACAUCACAACUGGGUUAAUCCUGUAAAACCAAAAAUCAGGAAGAAAGAGAGUUCUCUGAGAUGCUUCUCUCCUAUCACUGCCCCAAGAGCUUCUCAUUUGGGUGAUAGGAAGAUGGAAAAAUCCCUUUUGCUUGAAAAUAAAGCAAAAGAAAGGAAGAAGCUUUUCGAUGGUACCUUAGCCAGAGGGGGAAAGGAGAAAUAUUCGGGGGAAAUUGUCUCCAACUCGAUGGUUAGCACCUAUAAGGACUUGGUUGGAAGUGAUACCCUUGAUGCAGAUGUGAAGUUAAGACUUACAUCUUCUCCACAUUUUACGAGCAAGCAGGAUGAAGAGGGUAAUCCAUUACAUUGUUCCGGAACAUAUCCAGAAUGUCAGACAAGCUUGGAAGAGGGUAAUCAACCCAGCCCUGUUUCAGUUCUGGAGCCAGUAUUUGACGGGGAAAUGUUGGAAAAUUUUGAAAAGCUUCCCCAUUUCAAUUUUCUUGGUCUGGAGCAACAACUUGAAAUCCUGAAAUCUGAAUCUGUUGAAAGUUAUUCAGAAGGGUCUGGGAUGGUGGUAUCAAGCGAUGAUGAAUCUGACGAGGAAUCAAUUCUUGAUUCGGGAGUCAAAGAAGACAAGGACACCAAGCCAAUCGGAUCUUUGGGAGUCCAAGAAAACCACAAUUCUUCUUACACCGACGAUGUCUUUGCUGAGGCUGGUUUCGAAAACGGGAAAUUCUUCAACCGGUGGGAUUCAGUGGAUUUACCCAUCAACCCUAAGAUCUUUGAGAGGCUGGAGAAAAAAUACACCCACCAUACAUCUUGGAGGAAAUCAGAUAGAAUCCUUUGGCUUGACAGAGUGAAUUCAGGUUUGAAAGAGAUCCUAGAGUCAUACAUAGCUGCCCCGAGAUGGAAGAAAUCAGUGUCUAGGAGGCUCAGAACUGUCCUAACCACUCAGGGACUGAAAGAAGAGCUCCAGAAACUGCUCGAAAUGCAAGAUAAGCGAGCCAAGAAGGAAUCAUCGGACAAGAUGGCAGCCAUUGACAUAGAUGAGUGGUUAGAACUCGAAGCUGAUGUUGAGCCGGUGGUUCGGGAGUUAGAAACUAUGUUAGUGGAUGAGCUGUUGGAUGAGUUAGUCGGCAUUGUGUGUAGGGUAUAGGUCAAAGUGUGAUUCUUUCUUUUCAUUCGGUUCGUUUUCCCUCUGCAUUUCGACGGGGAGGAGAGGAGGUAAUCUUCAUCUAUUGUUUUUCCGGGUUUGUGCAAUUUUGUUAUGCAUCAUCAAGAAAGCAGAUGAGGGUGUUUGAGGAAUCUGUGCAUACAAAAAUACGUUUGUCAAUGUCAGGUAUAGGGAGAGGUUCUUGUUCUUUGUUGUAGUCAUUGCAUUGAAAAGGUUAAGAGGUAUACUUAAGGUUACAGAUUUUCUUUCAAAAAAUUUUUUUGGUA